AUGGGCAGCACCAUGGAGCCCCCCGGGGGUGGAUACCUGCACCUGGGUGCUGUGACAUCCCCGGUGGGCACAGCCCGCGUGCUGCAGCUGGCCUUCGGCUGUACCACUUUCAGCCUGGUGGCCCACCGGGGCGGCUUUGCGGGCGUCCAGGGCACCUUCUGCAUGGCCACCUGGAGCUUCUGCUUCACCCUCUCAGGCCUGGUGGUGGCCUGCGAGUUCACCCGGCUCCACAGCUGCCUGCACUUCUCCUGGGGCAACUUUACGGCGGCCUUUGCCAUGCUGGCCACACUGCUGUCCGCCACGGCUGCCGUCAUCUACCCACUGUACUUCACCCGGAUGGAGUGCCUACCCGAGCCCUCUGGCUGCACAGCCAGGGACUUCCGCCUAGCAGCCAGCGUCUUUGCCGGACUCCUCUUCCUGGCCUAUGCUGCAGAGGUGGCCCUGACCCGGGCUCGGCCGGGCCAGGUGGCCAGCUACAUGGCCACAGUGUCAGGGCUCCUCAAGAUUGUCCAGGCCUUUGUGGCCUGCAUCAUCUUUGGGGCGCUGGUCCACGACAGCCAAUAUGGGCGCUACGUGGCCACACAGUGGUGCGUGGCCGUCUACAGCCUGUGCUUUCUGGCCACCAUGGCUGUGGUGGCCCUGAGCGUAAUGGGCCACACUGGGGGCCUGGGCUGCCCCUUCGACCGUCUGGUGGUUGUGUACACCUUCCUGGCUGUGCUUCUCUACCUCAGCGCCGCCGUCAUCUGGCCCGUCUUCUGUUUUGACCCCAAGUACGGUGAGCCCAGGCGGCCCCCCGACUGCCCUAGGGGCAGCUGCCCCUGGGACAGCCAGCUGGUGGUGGCCACCUUCACCUACAUCAACCUGCUUCUCUACGUCGCCGACCUCGCCUACUCCCAGAGGAUCCGCUUCGUGCCCACCCUAUAG